AUGGAGGCGGUUCUGGACUCUUUCUCCGCCCUGGACUCUUUCUCCUUCCACGACCACUUCUUCUCCGAGCAGGUGGACCAGGUGGACCAGGUGGACCAGGUGGACCAGGUGGACCACGUAGACCACAUGGAGCAGAUGGAGGACGAGAUGGACUUCCUGUCCGAGGACUACCAGUACUACGCGGACCUGACCGACCUGUCCUUGUCCUCCUCUUCGUCCUCGUCCUCGUCGUCCUCCCCGGCUGCGUGUCUGAAGCGGCGGCGGCGGCGGACGCGCUCCGACACGGAGACUUUGCAGCUGCGUCAGGCCGCCAACGUGCGCGAGCGCCGCCGCAUGCAGUCCAUCAACGACGCCUUCGAGGGGCUGCGCGCGCACAUCCCCACGCUGCCCUACGAGAAGAGGCUGUCCAAGGUGGACACGCUGCGUCUGGCCAUAGGUUAUAUUAACUUCCUGGCUGAGUUGGUGCGAUCAGACCUGCCAGUCCGCAAUCAGGGCACAGGUGGAGACACGCAUGCGCAGCCCAAGAAAGUCAUCAUCUGUCACCGCGGGACACGAUCCCCCUCCCCCAGCGACCCUGACUAUGGUCUACCCCCCCUGGCGGGUCACUCCCUGUCCUGGUCCAAUGAGAAGCUCCUGCGGGAGCAGAACCUCAUCCGCACGGCCAAGGUCUGGACCCCCGAGGACCCUCGCAAGGUCCAAAGCAAGUCUGGACUCCUGGGGGCCAACAUCGAGAACGAGCCGCCCUUCUGCCCGCUGCACGCAUGAACACACACGCACACACACACACA